GCAGCCUUGGUGCGGGCCCUGCGCCCAGCUCCCCACCCUCGCACGCUCAGCACGCUCGGAGCGGUGCCCGGAAAAUCCCAGGGAGCUUCGGGAACCUCCGGCUGCUCCUGGCAACGGCGUUGUGCCGCCGCCAUCUCGGCUGCCCCGUGUUCCAGCUCCUGGGGCCGGCGGCUCAGCGAGCAGCAGGCGCCAGGUGAGACGGCCUGCGACACGGAGGACGACAUGCGUGUGGCUGUCCGGGGUCAGCUGCGGCUGCCGAUGGUGCCAGCGUGGGAUGGUGCCACGCUGCUGCCCUCCACACGCUUGCUGCUGAAGAGGCGGGAGGUGGCAGAGGUGGAGCGGGCACUGCAGAGCCAGCGGGAGGCGUUUCAGCAGAGAAUGGAGCGCCUGGCGCAGCGCUGGCAGCAGCUGAGCCAGAGGGAAGAGCAGUUCCGGGAUGUCGUCCUUGAAUUUGACGAAGUCCUCAAGGCUUCGGCGGCGAGGCAGGAGCGGUUGCUGCGGCGGGCAGAUGAGGAGCGGGCACAGGCGGCAGGGCAGGGUGCCAAGGCCACCCGCCUGCGCCGGGAGCUUGCGGGGCUGCUGCGGCGCAGGGAGCGCCUGGCCCAGCGCCUGCGGAGCCUCCGCGGCUUCGGUGAAUAUCUGCAGGGCGUGCUGCCCUCCACGGGGCAGUUCCAGGACAUCCCAGACAUGCUGGCCCAUUUCGGGGCACUGGCGGGGGUGCGGGCAGCCCUGGCACAACGGGCAGGAGCCAGGUGGGAGCAGCUGGCCCAGCACCGGGCACAGCUCCGGCGGUACCGCGAGGAGGCCAGCAGCAAGCUCCUCUGCACCAACAGUGAGCUGGCCCAGCUCCGCGCACGCCUGGAGGCUGCCCACAGCGACGUGUUCCAGGGGGAGUCCUGCUGGGCCCACAUCCAGAGCACGGCCGCCCAGAAGACCCUGCUGCUGGGGCAAGUCAAGCUGGCAGUGCUGCACCUCUUCCAGCUCGCCACCACAUGGCUCAGCAUCGGCACAGAUGUGGCCCUGGAGGACACCGAGGCCCAGCUGGACAUGGUGCUGCUCUGCAUGCAGGACCUGGCCGCCAUCUGUGCCGAGCUGCACCCUGAGCAGCCGGCGCCACGUCCCCACUUGCCUGCAGCCCCCCGCAUGCCCUAGCUGUGUGACAAGGCUGCCAGGGUGCCCCCAAGCCAGGAACAGCCCCUGGGGACAACUGCCCGCUCCCAGGGCUGGGGAGAGCCUGCCCUGGGCUGCCACAGGACUCGUGGCACCCUCCAGGGUCGGAGGUCACUCCUGGACAAGUCUGGGAACCCCCGCAGUGAGAGGCAACAGGGAUGAAAUAAACCCCAGCUGCGAACCCGCAGCACCUGCCUGUUCUCGGACUGUGUGUGGGGGUGGCCCAAGGGGGAGGAA